GAGUCCCAUGCUCUGUACUCUACAGACGCCAAGUCCAGCAGUCCUGUCCGCAGUGUGCCUCAGCACCUUGCCUGCCCGCAAUGCCCUUCGACACUGCCGCUCCGCUCAUCUCAAGAGAACAUCAGAAACUCGGCAAGAGAGGAUAGAGACGAUAGGCUACAUUAGAACGAGCAGUAUUGGAAUAACUGUAACGAUUUUCCAGUGUAUUUAAACCUCUGCGGCUUUAGGAAGCGAAUGGAAAGACUCCAAGGAUAACAAGAGAAGCAGGGCUCGCUACUGCAGAGACAACCUGCCGGUGGAUCGCUGUCCCUGGUUGUCGCGGGGCUGCGCGUCAUAUCAAAGGGUUUCGAGGAGCAGCCACUUUUAGAACGACUUCUAAUAACCGUCUUGCAUGGAUGCAUCAUGGCUACGUUACUAUGCAGGGUGCAGUUCUUAGAUGAUACUGAUCCAUUCAACAGCACCAAUUUUCCAGAGCCAACAAGACCUCCUCAAUACACUUUCAGAGAGGAUAUCCCGCUCAUAAAUCAGAUUGCUGGAGUCCACAGGCUUCUCAAAGCCCCGCACAAGCUCGAUGACUGUGCCCUUCAGCUGUCCCACAAUGGAAGCUACCUGGACUUGGAAGCCACUCUGGCGGAGCAGCACGAUGAGUUGGAGGGCUUUCAGGAGGAAGGAGGGAGAAGCAAGAAGCACAGCAUCAUCCUGCGAACACAGCUGUCUGUCAGAGUUCACGCUUGCAUCGGUAAGUUACUUUUAAGUUUGCACAUUUUUUGACAUGUGGGCUUCAACACGUCACAUGAACAAACCGACAAAGAAUACAUACAGCAACUUCCUGUCUAAACGAGUCCCCAACAAGCUAACCGUUGGUUGUACAAUGUGUAAUGCUCGUAACAUAGGUACUCAAAAUCUACUUCUCAGGAGUGCAACUCUGUGUUUCUCUGCUCUGUGCAUUCUGGUGUGCCUGUUCUGCCCUGCAGAGCACUGCAUGCUGGGAUACAUAGAUAGUGGCAGAGGGUAGUGGGACCCUCAUGGACCUCCACCUCGUCUUCAACCUCUUCCUCC